ACUUCAGUUACAUAUUGUAUUUUGCAUUCGCAUUGUUUCCAAUUUCGUAUAUGAUGGGCGAGUAUAUUAAACUCAACGCAAUUUCGUUUGGUUUUCCCGAUAUCGGGGUAUCAGCUUAGUUAGCAAUAUAUAUCUCUAGGAAAUAAACACAUGUGUGUGGGUUAAUUAUACUUUAGUUUAGUGUAUAGAGAUAAUGUGUAUUUGGCAUAUUUAGUAUAUCUUUCUACUUGGUCACCAUUCGUCGUCUUUAUAAAUAGUAUAUAGAAUAUAGUAUGUUAUAUGUUUGUUUUGUGUUCUUCUCCUGGUUUCUGCCGGUUCUCACCCUAUAAACAUGGCAUGGCAUGACAUGAGUACACAUAUGUAUGUAGUUUCAAGGUCUGAGUAGAAAUGUGAUAAUUGUUAGGGGACUAUAAUACAUUUAGUUACUUUCUCGAUUAUUAUGCUAAUAUAUAUAUAUAUAUAUAUGCCCUGCUUUUCAUAUUAAAUACUUUGUGACUAUAUGCUCGCGCUAAACUAUAUAGGUUUUUCAUUCCUAGCGGUAAUUCGAAUACGAACUUUUUGAGAGAGAUAGUAUGUGUGUGCGGUUAUCUUAGUUAGCUUAUUUAGCAAAUACAUACAGUAAGUUGUAGAAUUAAACAUUUAAGGUUAUUACUUUCAAUAUAUUUGUGAAUACUGUGCACAAAACGCUUUGGUUAGCUGCUUUAGUAGCAUUAUUUGUUGUUUGUUUGACCCCAUACCAGCUUUUUUUUAGUAGAUAACACUUAUGCAACAUUUGAACAUAGUUAGGCAACAAUAUAACGAUUUGGUUACGAAGAAAUAUUAGUAGUAUAUAGUAUAUGUAUUGAGUAUGCUGCACUAUUAUUCAGUUAGAAGCUAUAUUGUCUAAUUCACACGUUUAUAUUGGAUGCUGAGCCCCCAGAAGGGGGGCCGAAGCAUAAACUUACACAACGAGUUGAUUGAAAACCGAACAAAACCUUUUUCUUUUGCUAAAUAUCUUGAGUUGCAUACCCUGUACAACGUCCUCGAACUACAUAGGAUAAGAUAUACGAAGAGUCCUUUAGUUAUAUGUUAGUAAAACGCGUGUGGCAUGAUUGAAUUCGGCAAUUCUUCAAAGCGUGGAAAGUCAUAACACAAACACAACGUAGAAUCUCUUGUGUGCUUUGAAUGGAUCUAAGAUACAGCUAUAUAUGGUAUUUGCUCUAUAUAUGUAAGUAGUUUCAAGUUUCACAACAAUGGAACAACGAUGAUAAUCAGCAAGUAUUUCAGCUAUGCGUAUGUACAGUUUGUCAAUAUAACCUCAUUGUAUACCUGCGAUUAACUACAUUUUGUUGGCCUUUUUGUCUUUGGUUUCUGUGCCCAGUUUUGGCCAUUACAGAGUUAUUUUCCUUUACAAUAUAUAUCUUUUGAUUUACGCAUGCAAAGUCGGUUUAUUAUAUGCCUCUAAGUGGGCUUACUUUUGCUCUAAAUAUAUGGGAUUUUACAGGACCUAUGACGAUCCCAACGCUUUCGAGCCUUGCAGCCAUUCAAGGGUCUGGCGGCAGUAUCCCUUUGAGAUCCAAGGUGAUCUCAGGUAGUGGAGGAACGAAAUCGGUAGUACUUCUGAGGAAAGUAUCUAAACCUUGGGUGGGAAAUGUGAAAGUUCUAAAUUUGAAUGUAUAAUAAUUUAAAAUUUAAUACUUCAUCUUAGCGAUUUCAUUCCCCACUUUAUUUGUGAAAAAAAAUAUGCAACUGAUAAAACUUACCAAAAACUGUGCACGCGUAAAUUUUUUUUAAUUCUAUGGAAAGGUAUUCCUUUUCCGAGUACUCUUUGGGUACCACAAAAAUCUUAUCAAUAAUUCCCUUAACUUGUCAGAUAACUUGUGUGUGCUACAAGGUUAUAGAUUUAUAUAUUUUAGUUUAGUUUAGUAACUUUAACUUUAACAACUUGAAAUAUGAAAUUGAGUUAAUUAAGGAAGGCUGGACUCGGAAUUGUGUCCAUUUAAUCCUGACCAAUUGCUGCGCCGUAUUGCCAGAAGGUUUUAAUGGGUGUCAGUCAGGAGCGGACACUGAACCGAGAACCAAACAAAGUCGCCCGGUUUUUCGGUUCUAGAUCUUUGAAUAAAUUCCCCUUUGGACUUGUUUGAAUAUAUCUUUCGAAAAACUAAAAAAAAAGCUGACCGCGACUGGCAAUCCUUGGAAAUACCAAAAUUCACCGCUCUAAAUGUAUCGUUAUAGGUAUCCCUCGCGCCGCGUUGUGUACGAUGCCUUCCACGGAGACCCCUUUAAAAUUAACUCAUAUAACUUCCGAUAUGCCGACAAGCCAACUUAUCCACCGCAGCAAUACCAGAGGCCUGCUCCGCCGCCCAUCAAGAAGCCCUCCUUCCAGACCUUCUUCGUCAAUCCCAAGUUCGGACAGGGCUCCGAGCGGCCGCCUCCAAAUAGGAAUGUUCCCGCUAACAGACCUCGAUUCCUGCAGGAGUUCCAGGCAGCUAUAAGGCAGCCACUUAGGACUAUGGCUUCUUCGUUGGCCAGGCAGCCCAGUGUUCCCGUUACCCCGCAAUUGAGAAACCCAUCCAGUGUCACCGAUAGUCCUCUCCUAAGGACCUGCUGCCAGAUGGGCGAGUAUCAGAGCCUGAGGACCACCCAGAGCAUAGCCACGUUGGCCAGUGGGAGCAGCUGUUCCAUGAGAGCCCGUGGUGGGGCCACCCCUCGUAUUUCCGGCACCACCUUCUCCCGCGGCUCCAACUUCGAGCUGCAGCCCAAAAGGGACAGGGACAGAGACGCCAGCAAUGGCUGCGAGAUCAAUAUUAACAUCUGCAACCGAGACUCGAACUCCGAGGCGGACAACAAUGUAAGCAUCCGGAUCGAAGCUGAUGCCUGUCUGCUGAACAACACGGAUACGGUUAGGCCGCAGCUGGAACGAAUUCCUCAUGGAUCGGAUGACAGUUUAACAGCGUCCUUCGGCAUAGACAAGCGCCUGUCCAAGUUCAAUGUGACUGAGACAAAGCCGCGCACCAGUCCGGAAUGGAAGCGGCAGCAGAUGGAGCGGGCUAAGGAGCAGGCCAGGGAGGAGGCCAGGGAGCAGGCCAGGAAACGCGAUCGUCAGUUCCGAGAAGAGCUAGAGCUCGAGCGGGAGAUAGAGCUGCAGAAGGAGCGGGAACGUGUCCGUCAGCGGGAUAGAGAGCGUGAGCAGUUCCGGGAGCAGGACCGCCAGCGAGAUCUGGAACACCUUCGAGAACUGGAGGCAGUGCGCGAGAGGCAGCGUCUUGAGGAACUGAAGCGAGAGAGCCAACGGCACAGGGAGUACCAUCGAAUGUGCAUGUUCCAGGAUCAGCUGCAUCGUCAGCGGAUGCAGCCCGUGCCGGCUGUACCGACAUGUUUGCCCAUAGUGCCACCCAUACCCAUACCGAUUCCGGUAGUGCCCAUGACCUCUCACCUGUACACUGUCACCUCAGAUGAUCGCCUGCCUGGAAUGGCCUUCUGUGAUCUAUCUACCACGCGGCGUGAUCGGCCAAUGACUCCAAGGAGGAGUGUAAAGAUAAAACCGGCUGAUCCAGUUGCCCAGGAAAUACCAACGGCCUGUGCCUCCUGCUCAUGUCAUCCUGUGGAUACGCCCAUUUCCCAGAAUACAACCCCCAGCUCUCCUACACCCUCCUGUAGUACCAUACCGCGUUCAGCUUCUCCCGACCAAAAUAGCAAACCUACUCCCACUGUAGAUGCUUCAACGUCGUCUAGAAGUCUAUUCCACAGUGAGAUAGUCCCUGAAAUCCAUGAAAGUCUAGCCUGUAGCAGUUCCUUCUCUUCGAAUGACAAUAUCCAUGUCAUUGAGAAAUCUAGUGGCUAUUUGGCAAAGGAAUCCUCCGCGCAGCCACUGACUGAAACCAAACAUCUGAACGGAAGGCCGCCAAUUGUGACGCGUUUAAAUAAUAUUCCCAUAAGGAUAACUACCUCCCGGCAAGCGGACUUCAGCAUGAACCACGUCAGGGUUCGGGCAUCGUCGCCAGUGGCAAGGGGAUCGGUGCCACAUCGCCAGGCUUCUCAAGAUGCCUGUCAUGUAAAUAUCAACUUGUUUCCGGACCAACAACAUGUGAUGCGGAUUUAAUCAGUGGAAGUCUGAGGGAUUGCAUGGUUGGACUCGGGGACAGAUCAACUCUAAAGCAAAGGGUUGGACUGUCACCGAAGUCAGCCAUGCACUUCCUCUAGGUCCCACCAAGCGGGAAAACUGUGAAAAUCUGUUUCUUCAAAUAGCCAUAAUUUUGUGAAUAGUAAAGUCUUGAGUCCGCUCCUUGGUAAA